CCGCCGCGCCGGGCGCCGAUGGCGGGCGCGGUGUCGGCGCUCUUCCUGCUCGACAUCAAGGGCCGCGUCCUCGUCUGGCGCGAUUUCCGCGGCGACGUCACCGCCAUCCAGGCCGAGCGUUUCUUCACCAAGCUCCUUGACAAGGAGGGCGAUGCGGAGGCCUACUCGCCGGUGGUCUACGACGACGCGGGAGUCACCUACAUGUUUAUACAGCAUAACAAUGUCUUCCUCCUCACCGCCUCCCGCCAAAACUGCAACGCCGCCAGCAUUCUCCUCUUCCUCCACCGCGUUGUCGAUGUGUUCAAGCACUAUUUCGAGGAACUGGAGGAGGAAUCACUGAGAGAUAACUUUGUCGUCGUGUAUGAAUUGCUUGAUGAGAUGAUGGAUUUUGGGUACCCACAAUACACAGAGGCAAAGAUCUUGAGCGAGUUCAUCAAGACAGACGCUUACAAGAUGGAGGUCUCACAGAGGCCACCGAUGGCCGUAACGAAUGCUGUCUCGUGGCGGAGUGAGGGGAUUCGGUACAAAAAGAACGAAGUAUUCUUGGAUGUAGUGGAGAGCGUUAACAUUCUUGUUAAUAGCAAUGGGCAGAUUGUGAGAUCAGACGUUGUUGGCGCACUGAAAAUGCGGACAUAUUUGAGUGGAAUGCCCGAGUGCAAACUUGGGUUGAAUGACAAAGUUCUUUUGGAGGCUCAGGGUCGAGCAACUAAAGGGAAGGCAAUAGAUCUUGAUGAUAUCAAAUUUCAUCAGUGUGUACGAUUGACCAGAUUCGAGAAUGAUAGGACUAUAUCAUUCAUACCUCCAGACGGAUCUUUCGAUCUAAUGACAUACAGGCUCAACACUCAGGUGAAACCUCUUAUCUGGGUGGAAGCGCAAGUUGAAAAACAUUCAAGAAGCCGGAUAGAAUUCAUGGUUAAGGCAAGAAGUCAGUUUAAGGAAAGAAGCACAGCAACAAAUGUUGAAAUUGAAGUGCCUGUUCCUUCAGAUGCCACAAACCCAAAUAUAAGAACUUCAAUGGGUUCUGCUGCAUAUGCCCCUGAGCGAGAUGCAAUGGUCUGGAAAAUAAAAUCAUUCCCUGGUGGCAAAGAGUACAUGUGCAGAGCAGAAUUUAGUCUACCAAGUAUAACUGCAGAAGAAGCGGUCCCUGAAAAGAAGGCACCAAUACGAGUGAAAUUUGAGAUACCAUAUUUCACUGUAUCGGGUAUUCAGGUUCGAUAUCUAAAGAUCAUUGAAAAGAGUGGGUACCAGGCGCUUCCCUGGGUUAGAUACAUUACAAUGGCUGGUGAAUACGAACUGAGACUUCUCUGAAUUUUCUCUGGCCUGUCCACUAGAAGAUAUCAAUGAGAGGCUCUGGGGAUACAUAGUUCUUGCUCGUUACAGCGUAUAGAUGGCAUUGGGAAAUGGACAUGGAAGUCUUAUCCCAAGAAGCUCUACCGUGCAAGGUUUUUUUGGUGGCUUGUUCAUCCUGGUUACUGUAAGUUACACAUCAAGUACAGUUUUGAAGAAACAAACACUGUUUUCCUCUUGAGUUAACUUGUAUCAUUAUUGAUUUAUUAUUUUUGGUGCUAAACUUGUUAUUUAUUCCCUUUUGUACUACACAAAAAUCUCGAGCUGAUUUGAGAUGAAUGAAAUGAAUACUCGUGAAACAGUAAUGUUUUUGAA